GACAGAAUUUGGCCGGCUCCGGCAGCUCUGGCUCACACCCCUGCUUCUGCGCUGGGGUCACUGCAGCUCUGGCAGGCUGAUGGACACAGACAUAGGGGCUGCAUGCUCUGGAAAGUGAUUUUGGUGCUAUAAAGUGGAGGACCUGCAGUGGCACUGCUAGGGAGAGUGAGAGGAAAGGAGAGCACAGCCUCCACAGCCUGCCUGCCCAAGUCGGGAGCGAGGGGAAGGAGAGGGGUUGGCUUGUCCUGAGGGUCAGCAUGAUUUUCCCCUCUCCCUCCUGAAUGCUAGAACUUGAAACGCCAAGGGCACUGUGGAUUUAUGCUUUUGCAGAUUGCUCUGAUCUGGACAUUGAAAAAAAGCAGCUGUGGAGCUCUGGGGGGGAUGCUCUGUACGGAGUUUGUGCAUGAGACACUGAGCUGGUCAUGAAUGGGAUGGCAUCAGAUCACAACGCUUCCUCCCAGGAAGAGUACCUCCCACACUACCUACAGAAGGAAGACCCCUUUGCAUCAAAGCUUUCUAGAGAAGCUGACAUCAUAGCUGGGUUUUAUUUGACAGUAAUUGGGAUUCUUUCAACUCUGGGAAAUGGGUACGUUAUUUUUAUGUCUUCAAAGCGAAAAAAGAAGUUGAGACCUGCUGAAAUAAUGACUGUUAAUUUAGCAGUGUGUGAUCUGGGCAUUUCAGUUGUAGGGAAGCCCUUCAGUAUCAUUUCCUUCUUUUCUCACCGCUGGGUGUUUGGAUGGAUGGGCUGCCGUUGGUAUGGAUGGGCUGGUUUCUUCUUUGGCUGUGGGAGCCUUAUUACCAUGACAGCUGUCAGCCUGGAUAGAUACCUAAAAAUCUGUCACUUGUCUUAUGGUACUUGGCUUAAGAGACACCAUGCCUUUAUUUGUCUGGCAGUAAUUUGGGCCUAUGCAACAUUCUGGGCAACGGUGCCUUUUGCUGGAGUGGGAAGCUAUGCUCCUGAGCCUUUUGGGACCUCGUGCACUCUGGACUGGUGGCUGGCACAGGCUUCAGUGGCUGGGCAGGCUUUUAUUCUGAGUAUUCUUUUCUUUUGCCUCCUGUUCCCAACUGCAGUGAUUGUGUUUUCCUAUGUUAAAAUCAUUUUAAAAGUCAAGUCAUCCACCAAAGAGGUUGCUCACUAUGACACCAGGAUCCAGAACAGCCACAUACUUGAAAUGAAGCUGACCAAGGUGGCAAUGUUGAUCUGUGCAGGAUUCCUCAUUGCCUGGAUCCCUUACGCUGUGGUCUCUGUGUGGUCAGCCUUUGGACAGCCAGAUUCAGUUCCUAUUCAGUUUUCAGUGGUACCAACUCUGCUUGCAAAGUCAGCAGCCAUGUAUAACCCAAUUAUUUACCAGGUCAUUGAUUGUAAGUUUGCCUGUUGCCGAUCAGGUGGAUUGAAGACACUGCAGAAGAAGAACUCUUUGAAGAAACUGAGGAUGUAUACCAUAUCUUCACACAGAGAUUCAACGGCAAUGAAUGAAACUCAACUGGAUGUAUGAAGGCUCAUUUCGCAUACAGCAAAUGAAAACCUGAUGACAAACAGUCAUACCAUCUCAAAUUCCUCAAAUUUCUGUAAAUAAAUUAAAACAUGACGACAUUUUUAUUUUACUCCCCAGUACAAUGUAGUUCUUUCCAUCCUAACUAAAGCAGCGUGAUUAGAGCUGGGCAAAUAUUUUAAGUUUUCAGAAAUGGAAGAAACAAAGAAGAUUAAUUUGUGUAAAAGAAAUUACAUUCACUUCAGAGUGAAUAUAUUUUUUGUUUGCUUGGGAUUUUUUUUUUUUUUUUUUUUUGAGCAUUAACAGAAGUGAUAUUUCAGUGAUGUUUUCCCUCAAGAAAGGGAAACUAUUCACAUAGGCCAGUUUUAGUUUGCUAAAUUCAAUUUCCCUGAGUUCCUAGUACAAUCACUGGAGAAUGGGAGCAUAACAGAAACGAUUCCUUAGAGGACAAAUCAAAGUUAGAACUCCAUUUGUCAGAGCUCUGAAUCACCCAUUGGAGAAAUAUAGCAAUGUUAGCCUACUGAUUACCUUUGUGAAUCUCUCUAAAACUCAUGUGGCUACAAACUGUCUUAAGACCACUUUGAUUUCUGUCUUUCAGUAUUCAGAUUUUUAUUUCUUUUGGUGAAGGCAAGUUCAGAAGUGUCACACGUACCACAGAUGAUCAGUAUUUGUGAAUUAGAGGGGAAAGACCUCUUUCUCAGAUGCUAGUUUCAUUUAAAUAUUUUUGAAUCAUGAGUUACUUCGUAACAAAAAUGAAAACAUAAAUGAAGUCAGCCUUGUGUUAUAAAUUAGGCAAACAAAUAAUUUUCCCAUCCUUUUGGCAUUCCCCAGCCAAAAAUGCCAUGAAAUAUGACAAUAAGCAGACGUUUGACUUAUUAAAUGGUAACUGACCUUUUUCAUCUUGUAUUGUACUUUCCACAAUCCUUCAUGACAUCGCUAUUAAGUGUAAAAUGACAAAUCCCUCCUCAAUCCUAAGUUUCCGAUUGGAUUCAAAGAUGAUGAAUUCAAGAGAAACGUUACAGCAUAUGUACGCAGAAGUCUUUUUCAGGUGCAGUUGUGUCUAAUUUUUAAACACUAAACCCUGCAAGUAUGAAGAUUAAAAAGUAUUCAGACAGACCUGAAGACAGCAUGUAAGUUCUCAAUACAUUAAAUAUACCUUGACAAUAUACCUUGAAAAGAUUUUCAGAGUAAGGCAGCCAAAUAGUUAUGAGGCAUCUGGGUCAUAUUUAUUCCCAUUCUCUUCUUCCUCUGUAGAUUUACCUUAAGAUAGAGGCAUCAUUACAGACCAAAUAUUAGCAGUCCAUUAUAAGCAGAUUAUUAACUCUUCAAAUAAUAAUUGUGGUGUUUUUUUUUUUUUUUUUUUUUUUUUUUCUGUGAUUUCUUCAGGAAGAACAUGGUAUUAUGUAAAAUAAGUUAAUUGUAAGUCAGAAUCUUCCACACUGAUUUGUGUUUACUAUUAUAAAAAAAAAAAAAGUUUCAAGAGUUAAAAUUUUAUUUUGAAUUGUUCCUUUAAGGAGAGAAAGCAUUUAUGAAAGUGUUUUGAUUGUUUUCCUGUUUAACAUUUAAUAGCACUUUUUAUCGUACUGUUAUUUCACAAUCAUGUUUAACAUACUGAACUGAACUUCUUUUGUAGCUGAUCUGUAGUGAUGUUAAUCGCAUUUUAUACAAUAAUAUCAUAAAAGUUUAAAGUAAACUGAUGUUUGUUGGCAUGUCCCAGCACUCCCACUCGGCAGUACAAACACUUGCUAUUUUCUCAAGUGGUAUUCAGACAAUAUAGCAGAAGUUGAAUUUUGUUGAAUUUCCUGAGCUGGGUAGAAGAAAGUAUAAUUCCCUCUCGUACAAUAUGUUUGCAAAAGAAGUUUAAAUAUACACUAAGAGAACUCAGAAAAAGACAAGGAGUUGCAUGUUACCUAUACAAUGUUUUGUGCUAAAUUUUCCCAGGAAUUCAAGUCCUUUUACCGUUUUGGACCUUGCACUAUAAGGCAAUUUUGUUUCCUGACUGUGGUUGCAAGUUGCACCUUAGAAUCGAUUAUGAGCAGAAGUCGUACUUUACAAUAUUUCCAGAUUUGGUUAUGACGCCAUUAACCAUUUUCCCUUUGUUUUUCCUCAGCUUUUAUUCCUCUCUUCAUCCAGACAAAUUUUGAUUGAUAUCUAUAGAGAUUUAUCCCAACUUAGGUCUGAUGUAAGGACAUACUGUGGCCCAAUAAAUGCAGAUUAAUUGGAGAAAAGUUGCUGGUAUGGAAGAGUAGUAUGUAAUGUAGGAGUUACCCAGAGUCUAGCCAGAUUUCUGCGUAGAUCAACUCACAAUUUUUCAGGAGACUUUCCUGCAGUUUCAGCUAGGGAAGCUCUUCUCUUUACUUUCUAAAAUUAUGUACUGACUUAUAAACGGCUGCUGAGUUAUCCCAAAAAUGAUUACAUACGUGUGGUAGGUCUGAAUUUUAUAUUGUUAAAGGCUGUAUAAUAUAUUUGGAUUCCAUUAUAGGGAAUGUUCUAGAUACAUGUGUUUUCUGAAUAUACCAGAGGUUUACUAAAUUGCAAAUAUGAAUUUCUAGGGUCAUGAUGAAUGUGUUUCAUAUGAUUUAUUUAAAAGUAUUUAUUUUCUGUUCAGUACCAUAAUUAUAUUUAUUUGAAGACAAAGUGUUACCACCACUGAAUAGUAUCUUGCUCUGUACAAGUUGCUAGGACUCCAAUUUGAGCAGGAGUUAGAGAUAGAUUUAUACUGAGUUUAAGUAAAGAAAGUUUACUUCUUUACUUCUAAAGAUCUUUUCCUGAGUCAAGUAAGACAUAAACAUUCAAGCAUGCAGUACAGUAAUUUAAAUGCAGAAUAUGAACCUAAAAGCUAAUGGAUCUCAUCCAAAUCCUUGAUAAAAAAGAACUAGAGGACUUUCUUUGUCCACCUGUAUAAAGAAGACCGUAUAAUUAAUUUGUGAUCAUAAUGGUAGGGGUAUUAAGGGGUCUUAUUAUAGAUUAAAAUUUUCAAGGUCUACUUGGAAUCUCAUUGAACGCUGUAGCCUGAUGGUUCAAAAGGCAAUUUUCCAUUUAUGCUCAGGACAGAGCUUUGUCUUCUCCAUAUGUUGAGCCUGAUAAUUCAUAGUUGUAUAACAUGUAACCUUGUCCUGAGGUUACCAAGAGACAGUGAAUCUCUUACUUUUUGUUCAAGAAACCUUCUAAAUAUUUUCUAAGAUUCAAACUCAUGAGCUUAGUCAAAGCAAAGUAAAACCCAGUCAGCGUGAAUGAAUAAGAAACAUGACUCUAAAGGAAGAUUUUUAUUGCAUUUUCAAUAUGUCAGCCUCCUUGUUAUAUUAAGAAAGUUUCUCAUUUUAUGUAUUAACAUUAGAACAAACGAUUUUCAAUGAAAAUAGUGCCAAUAAGAAUAAUAGCUAUAAAUGUUAUGUAUCCUAUGUAUGCAUGCAGAAUAAGCUGCCAAGAAGCAAAGUAUUAGCUGAAUUCAGUGGCUAGAAGGAUAUAAUUGACACAGGUUAAAAUUCCAUUUAGAUAAUGAGCUGACCUGGGCAGUAGGAUUGUUCCAGUGAGAUUAAGCCAAUGCUCUGCAUUUCAAGGUUACGGGCAGUGAAAUCAUCUGAAGAAAGUGGAUAUGAAGACUUUUGAUUUGGUCAUUACCAGUCAUAGUCGUAGAAUGCCUUUGAACCUUCCUCCACAGACUUGGAAAUCUGUUGAUAACACAGAAGUAGCUGUCAAGAUUUAUAAUACUGGAAAGGUGUUGAUACUAGAAAUAGAGGAAUUAAGCAAACUGUUAAGGUAGAAAAAAUAAUUGGAAAAAGUGGAACACUAAAAAUGAAAGUUGUGGUUGUAAACCUGAAGAUUUUAAAAGUAUUUGUCCAUGCAGAUAAAAGAGACCACAAUAAAAUUUCUUUCUACACCUGCAGUAAUAAUGACUAAAAAUGGGGGAAAAAAAACAAACAGAUUUUUUCCUAAACAAAACAAAACAAAACAAACAAACAAACAAACAAAAAAACAUAACCACAACAGCAAAAACCACCAAGAUUUAUGGCCUACAGCAAAAGAUCCCAGCCAGAAGAAGAUCUUUGGUUUUGUGACAUCCAAAGGGAAAGAGCAAAUUGGUGAAUCUUCGUAUGAAGGGAAUAUCAUUAAUGAAUUGACAGGUGCAAUGUCAAUGAAUUAUAUUAUUUGGCAGAACUUUUCUAUUGGACGAUGGUGUAUUGACAAUGUCUUUUGGACAAUGUUACACCUCCAGUGUGCAGGGUGAUCUUAGUUGUGAGAACAAAUCUGAAUUUCUCUUAACUGAGCAGGCACCUAGUUCUUCUAUAACUCCGCAUUAUCCGCUUCAUUCUCAUUAUUCUACUUCUUCUUCCCACCAGGGCCUUUCAGACACUUCAAUGUGCAUCCCUCAGGGAAGUUGCUUUGACAUCUUUUUAGCUACAUUUCCCAGCUCAUGGUGUUCCCAGAUGACUCAUGCUUCAUGGUUUGAAGCUCUUAAUAAAUAAUGUUCACUGGAACACCCAUUUUUCUCCCUCCUCUCUCUUAAAAUGAACGAUUGGUUAGUUUCCUCUGCAUCUGCAUCUUGCCUAGCACCACAAAUCUUUGUAGUUCUUCAACCUCAAGGAAGAACACCUGAAACUAGAGUUUCUGGAGUGCUAUUGCUGAGUUUAGAGCAUUGCAAAGAAGGGAAGAGGCCUUUAUUUUCAUGACCAUGCUUACAUGUAUUCUUAAGCCAUUGUACAUCCCAUACUGACUUUUCUAUUUCUGUUAUUUCUAUGCUUGUUUUGUUUUUCAGGAUGACUCAUAUUACCCCUUAUUUGGUAGAUGGAGAUUUGGACGAUUUUGUAAUUGCCUGGCAUGAUCACUGCUCCAGUUAUUCCUCCAUAUUAAUUUGUAGCUCAAGAAAUGGCUAUUGGAUUUAGAAGUCAGAACAAAAUCUUUUGAAAUAUAAGGUUUGGUUACAGGGUUUCAGGUUUUCAUUAUUUCUGAACUUAAAGGAUUCUUCACUAAUUAUGUAUAAUCAGCCUUCAUCGGACACUGAUUAUAGUUUCAUGCCACAAGUGGGUAAAGAAAAAAAGCCUACCACCCAUUCUAUUCUAUAGAGAUCUAUUCUAAGAGGAACAUUCACCAUCUCAACAGAUAACUUGUGCAACAUAUGGAUGAAAUAUGCUAGUAAACAGUUCAGAUUUAUAAGAUUUCCCAUGUCAGUAUGAUAGACACUUAGUCUAUAUUUUGGAUGUAGCACCUAAAAGGAAUUUGGGGAGUAGAUCUCUUAACCUUUGUGUAAAAUGACAAACAUAUAUAUGAAAUACCAAGUAUACAUAUGAGUGCUCUGACCAAAACCUUAUUGUAGCACAGAAUACAUAUUACAAUGAUAGACAGUGGACAGAGCAUGUGGUAUACGAUGCAUUUUAAAUGAUCAAUAAUGUUUUUAAUUUCUUCUCACUCUUCCCAAUUUCUAAAAGGAACCACACAGAGGCUUUGCUUCUCAAACCAGAGACUGGUGUGAAAGACUUGCUCUUUCUGCACCAAUCUUGCAAAACAUAAAUAAAGUUGCAUUCAUGGUUGCAGUUUGCAAAACUUAAAAGUGUUCCUCUAAAGGAUCUGAACAUCCUUUAUCUUGGAUUACAAGCAUUAUUUUAAAUUGUUUGGUGUGUUGAGAAGAACUCGUCUGGCUUCCUACAGUUGUGGUCUCAAAGCUAAAGAGGUUGGUUGUGCAGACUCCCCAGGGAGUGGUCAUGGCACCAAGCCUGCUGGAGUUCAAGAACCAUUUGGACAAUGUUUUCAGGCAUAUUUUUGGGUGGUCCUGUGUGGAGCUGGGAGUUGUAAUCGAUGAUCCUUGUGGGUCCCUUCCAACCCAACAUAUUCUAUGAUCCUAUGAAAGAUUUACAACAAAUAAGUAUAGUAGGGAAAAAAGAAAGAAAGAAAGAAAAUAGUAAUCAUGUAUAAGCAACUGAACCUAAGAAGAGAAGAAGACAGGGUUAAGUUAAGUAGCCUAGGAGAGAAAAAGUCUGAUAGUAAAUUAUAUCAGUCUAUAAAUAGCUUUAAGGCAAUAAUAAUGUAAAUGAAGGAAGGGAAUUAUUCACAGUCUCUGAAGGUGAUAGAAUGAGAAAUCAAAUCUGGAAGCUAAAGCAGGAAAAGCUGUGAUGAGACCUUCUGAACUAGAGGAGCAAUCAGGUUUUGGAAGAGAUCUCAAAGGGAGAAGUUAGGUCAUGAUUUACCAGAUAUGCAUGACCAGAUUAUCUGAUCUACUAGCAGAAAUGAUUUACAACUGGAAAUAUUUCUAAAUAGUAAUUUUAUUCCCAAUAUCUGCUAUUUUAUUUUCUGAAAAAAAAAAAUAAAAUAAAAUCCUAAUUUAAAGGUUGAUACUAUCUUAUAUUAGGACAUGUCUGUAUUGGUAGGGAAAUGUGUGCUGACCCCAUCAUAAUGAUGGCUAAAUUGUAAAGACUGUUAUUACACUGAAAAGAGUUUAAAAAGGUCUGUUAUACGAUGAAACUCCAUGUUUAAUGAAGUGGUUUCGAAGUCCAAAGUUGGUGCAAUGCAGUGGCAUAUAUGGAUGCCAAGUAAAGCUUUGUAAUGGAAGCAAUAGCUUUGCUUUCUCAGUUAUUAGAUGAUUUUUUUUAGAGAAGUAUCAUUUUGAAACAUUUGCAGUUCAAGCCAAAUUAAAAUGAUGCAUAUUCUGCUGUUAUAUCAGUAAUUCCUUGGAAAAAAGCUAUUUUCAGUUAUGCAAUCAAGAUUUUGAAAAUAUGAUAAUACAUCUGGAACCUAAGAAUGAUUAAAGUAUACCAAAUAACCUCAGGGAAAUUACAUGAGAAAUUACCUUUGGAAAAACAUUUGCUAGUGGAUUGUGAUUUUCAUUCUUAGAAAUUGUAUUUCCGAUAAAGUUAAAUUUACAAAGAUGUCAGUAGACUUUUAGAGAUACUGAUCCGAAAUAGCUGAAAUUCCAAUGUCAUCUCAAAGCUUAGAUGUAUUCAUUGUUUACAAAGAAAUUCCUGCUACUGAUGAAGACAUAUGGAAGAAAUUCUUCACUGCGAGGCACUGGUUGCCCAGAGAAGCCGUGGAUGCCCCCUUCCUCGAAGUGUUCAAGGCCAGGUCGUAUAAGGCUUUCAGCAACCUGAUCUAAUAAGCUGUCCUUGCCUAUGUUGGGGGAGAGGGGGUUGGAAGUAAAUGAAACCAAACCAAACCAUUCUAUUAUAUUCUAAGGAGGUAUGUCCUGUUAAGAGAUUAAUUCAAUGUAGUUUUUAGUGUAUGUGUUAUAUUUUCUGUUUCAUUUUUUUCAGUUUGUCAGAACCGUAUUUGCCUUUAAUGUCAUGAUACUGACUUAUGCUUUAUUCUAGAGUAAGAAACCACAGGCACAUAUUAGAUAGCUUCCUCCUUCUCUGUUUAGGGGGUCAGAUUCCUUCCUGCUGAAAACAGUUAUGCACAUCCUUAGAAGUCUAGGGUCUAUACCUAUUUCCAGUGUUUCUAAUGUAAGAAAUGGUCUUGCCUUUCCUAUUUGUCUUGCAUGUAUUCCACUGUAGUGGCCUUACCAGCCUUGAUGGAGUUGCAGCUCUUUUACAAGAAGUGUGAUAAAGCACCUGGGUCCACAGGGAGGAGGGAAAGUAGGCAAAGGCUGGGCUCCUCUCUUGCUUAUAAAUGAAACAAACCAGAAGCAAUUCCAGUACAACCAAUUGACAGCCCAGCUUUAUGGAAACAUACCCAACAAAAGAAAUGCCAGAUGCAUCCACCUAUCUAGGGGUUAUUUCUCCAGCUCUUCGAUAUCUAGGCCCUGAGCUACCAUGGUCUCUGUUGCUGAGAGGAGGUACCAAUUACAGUAAGCAUUUUACUUGGCCAUUAGCAUAAAGGAAAGAAAGGCUGAAGGCUGUGUUGUUCCUGAUGCUGAUUUCAGCUACUUCCAUGUUCUGCUUCAUUAUAUUAAAAAAAAAAAAAAGCAUUUAACCCAAUGGCCUACUGGAUCAUGCAGCAGAACUUCCCAUAAUAACAUGUUGGUAUUGCAAGCAACAUUCAAAGUUCUAUACUCUUGUACAAAAUUAAGAAAUACAUAACUUUCUAAAAUAUUUAUUUCUGCAUUUUUCGGUAUGCUGGAGCUCAAAGAGUCUUGGAAGAUUUGAGUAUGAUUAUUAAUGAGCCUCAGAGGUAAGAAUGGUGGGAGCAUUCAUAAACUGCUACAGCCUUGUAAUUCACAAUAUGAAAUUCAAUUACUAUUGUCUGUAAAUGUUUUAAAUGUGUUGUGUGUCAGUGCAACAUCCUAGGACAUUGUAAGAGGAGAGUCAUGGAGUGAACCUGUAAAUAACUUUUUAUGUAACUUCUCAAGUGGUGUUGAUGAGUUAAUAUGUCGUUAAUGUAUUAUACUAUGUUAUGAAGCAGUAAAUAACACAGCAUACUGGCUGUACUUAACAGGGGACACUUUGCUGUCAUUGUACUGAAAAAACAGAUUGGUUAUUUUCAUUUUUCUCUCCCUUUUUUAUUCAUCUAAACACACAGCCAGAUUGAUGGCAUCACAAGUAGACUUUAUCAUCCACACUUUGUUAUCUGAAUGCUCUUUCAA